AUGCGCGAAAUAGACCCACUCAUUUUUGAGUAUCAGCAUGAAAAGCAACGACCACGGGAAUCGGAAGCGUUAUUGAUUCUCCGGAAGGUCGCUUCGCUGGUAAAACCCAUCAUGCGACGACGAGACUGGAAAGUCAGCACGCUCUGUGAAUUCUAUCCUCAUCAGCGGAAUUUGCUUGGGUUGAACGUCAAUGCGGGUCAGAAGAUCUGUCUACGGCUGCGGUAUCCUUCUGAUCAGCGCCAGUUCUUACCUAUCGAGCAGGUAGUGGAUACGAUGCUUCAUGAGCUAUGUCAUAUUGUGCAUGGACCGCAUAACCAGCAGUUUCAUGCACUUUGGAACCAGCUACGGGAUGAGCAUGAAGAGCUUGUCAUGAAAGGCUACACAGGAGAAGGGUUCCUUUCUGAAGGGCGACGGUUAGGGGGACGGAAAAUGCCCGUCGAUGAGGCACGCCGGGUAGCCAGAGCAGCUGCGGAACAGAGACGGUCUCUAUCUGCUGGAUCUGGACGACGACUUGGGGGUGCACCUGUUCUGCGCGGGACUGACAUGCGUCGAGUCAUUGCGGAUGCUGCGCAGAGACGCAUAGAAGUGACGAAUGGUUGUGCCUCAGGCGCUGACAACAGUGCCGAACUUGCAGAGGAAGCCUCAAGGAAUGGCUUCCGAACUAAGGCGGAGGAAGACGAUGCUAAUGAGCGAGCUAUCAUGGAAGCGUAUAUUGAUCUGAUUGAACAGGAAGAGCGUGAGAGAUAUGGCCCCUCUUACAUUCCGCCGAGUCAUGAUAAUCCCGCUGGUCCGCGGACAACGCUCUCUCCGCCCCCUGUUCCGGAGAACAGCAGGCCGAGAGGGCCCUCGCAGCCUGCAGAGACUAUUGACCUUGUCUCAGAUGAUAAUCUAACGUCCGCGACCAAUGACCACCAGGUCUGUUUCGGGUCCUCCUACUGCUACAGCCAGUUCAAGUCAUACAAAACCAACAGUGAACAAGAACAAGCGGUCGAUGAGUCCGUCAAGCAGGUACACUGGGUUCAAAAAUCGGACUCGUGCUGUUGA